AUGGGUGACGUGCAACUUAUAAGCGCUUAUAAUACUGAAAAGACCUCCGUGACAGCCUGCAAAUUUGUUUUCAGCUAUUUAUCUAACCCUAUUUGUUUCUUUGUUGUCUUUUUGGCAGAAUCUUGCAAUAAGAUAUCUAUCAUAGACUCCCCCCUCUCUUUUCCCCUUUUUUAUUGCUUUUUUUCAUUCUUCCUCGUUCGGUCAAUUGAGACAAUUCUGAUGGCGCACUCCCUCACCUUCACUAAUUCGCGCGGUUCCCAUGUCGUUCAUAUUUCACAGUCCCCUCCGCCUAUCCCUUUUUUUGCCCCUUUCCACCCUGACCCUCUCAUGCAUAGGAUUACGUCAUACGAGCCUGACGAGUCACGCUUUCUUUUCAUGGCCAAAGUUGUGAACAGUUUAAAGAUAGCGUCACUGUUGUCGCCCACUAAGCGGAAACUCCCGGGCGACGCAUAUCAUUUGUAA